CCUCCUCUCUUCUUUGUCUCGUAUACUCACGCACCUCGACUGGUCACUACGCCAUUUACCGCUUAUACACACCCCCUAUCCCUUCAACAGACCACCGCCGUAGACUCUCGUUCCUCUUUUUAUUUUUUAUUUUUACGCCUAUCAACAUCAUCACACAGUGAAUACCCAUGGCUACCGGUCCCUCCAUUCCAUACUACACCCUAAAGUCACGUCCCGACAGCACCGGCAUUCAUUUCCCAUCAUCCACAUUGACCUUUGACCAUACCUCGUCCUACCGCCACAACAUGCAUAGCAAGCGUAGAAUCUCCAUCGCGAAGGCGGCCAUAUUAGCCAGCUUAUCCUUCAUGAUACUCGCCCUCUUUCAUGCCCAUUACUCGGACAACGCCUCCUAUACAUCAUCAGAAACGACCUCCCUCGAGCAGCAGCACCAACAACAGCAGCACUCGUUACCAGAAUUACUUCCGUCGCGGACACCAUACAUGCCUGGGGAGCGGACACACCAAUCUACCAAGAGCCCAGUCGCACCUCAGCCAUCCCUUUCCACACCUACCCCUGUCCCUGCUCCUGCUCCUGACAGUAAGGUUUCAAAUGAAUCUGGCAUCAUCGUCUCGGAUACUGCAUUGGGGACGACGGUACGGUAUCAAAAUGGAACGCAAACAAGGGUCUUCAAGCCAGCAUUCUUCAAAGAUCCGGAGGCGGCCAAAAAUGAUAUGGGUUCUUUUAUGCAGACCCUUGCAGCGCGGUCCUGGUGGACCCGCAAGUCAGCACCCGUGUUUGGCAACGACAACUAUAAUGGUAGCAAGAGCAAGGACAUGAACGAAAAUGAAGAAGAGGAAGACGAUGACCGAGAUCAGAUAAAUACGUCGAACACGAUGCCUGGACGGUAUUUCACGUAUCUUCCGAUGGGCGGAGGAAACAACCAGUUCGUGUCCCUUCAGAAAGCUGCACUCCUUGCCAAGGACUUGAACCGCACCUUGAUCCUUCCUCCAAUCAGUCCCAACACCCAUAUCCCCGUAUGGGCAGGCCCACGCUAUUCGCAGUUUUAUGACCUUGAUCAUUUUACUUCCAAGUCCGGCAUCUCUAUGGUUGAGUGGCACGAUGUCAAGCAAGUACCCGAGAGCGUCCCCAAGGACUUUAAUCACCACUGGGAAGAGUUUUCAGAGGAGUUUCCUUGCACACCCAAUGGCGGCAUCGGUAUCGGUAACAACAGACUGUACGACAAGUUCCGGCAACAAUUCUUGUUGAAAUACAAGGUCGCGAUGUCUCCUGUGGACAAGACUCAGGGCAAGUCCACCGAUUACCAAUAUGCACGCGACGUGCUUCUAAAGGACACGCCUAUGAUAGAGACGACCAAGACGGCGAAUGGUGUCGAUCCCAAUCUGUGGAAGUGUCUCUCGUGCCCUUACUUCCUUAGCGGCGAGAACCUAGGCAACCGAGCGUGGGACGAGGUCGGUGUCCACUUGCGGUUCAAUGACGAGACCGAGGCUAUGGUCGAUGAUAUUCUGGAUAUACUUCUUAGACCUGUUGAUGGCGAGCGCAAGGACACUUCCGCCAUGUCUGCCUCAAGACCAUUCAGGCCACAUCCUGAGUUCAUCAUUAUUCAUUUGCGCCGUGGAGACAUUGUGAACAAGUGCCCCCCAGGUGUGGCAGAGAAGGACUGUGUUGUGCAGAUCGAGGCCAUUGCAGAAAAGGUAGACGAGAUUGAGAAGCAGCGACGGAUUGCGGCCCUGGAAGAGCACCAACUGCAACAGGACGGCGAAGGUAAAGAGAACUUUGUGUUCAAGCGUCUUCCGGUGCUGGUGACGACGAACGAGGGACGACCGGAGGAACUGAGGAAAUUGGAGAAGUUGGGUUGGAUUUUGUUGGACCAUGGGGAUGAAGAGAGGGAUGCGGAGGGGAGGGUGAAGAUGUCUAUUACUACGAAGCUGGGGACGAUGUCGCGAUUGGGACCAUGGUACCCGCCGAUGUUAGACGCGGUGCUGUUGACGAGGGGCAAGUACCUAAUUGGGAUGGCGAAUUCGAGGAUGAGUAUCCUGGCGACGCAGCGAGGGGCGGCCUGGCACGGACAUAAGACCAUACUCAUGUAA